AUGGAAUGCGAGGAGGCGCAAGUAGUUGCUCCGGAAGGAGAACGAAACGCCACGAGCUCAAGCUCGGAUAACAAGUCCUCUCCUUCUUCUUCGGAAGAUGAGGAGGGAUUUGCCUCGCCGCGGCCCAAUAAACGACCCAAGC